AUGGCGCAGGGACAGCUUCCAUCAGAGCUGGAAGAAGAGAUACUCGUACGAGUUCCACCUCUAUCUCUCGUUCGCUUGAGAUCCGUUUGCAAAGGAUGGAACACUCUUUUCAACGAUAAGAGAUUCGUCGAAAGAAACUUUGCUUGCGGUCGCCCAGAAAUCUUGUUAAAGACACAUUCCCAUCUUUAUUCGAUAAGCGUCGAUCUCAACAAGGACGAUCCGACUAUAAAAAUUAGUGAUUUAUGUUUUGAUUUAAGCAGUCGCCGUUAUGAUCUCGAGGGGACCUGCGAUGGUUAUUAUGGAGCCGUGGUUCGAAACCCGUUAUUCAAUCAGACUGAAUGGAUUGACCCGGAUGAUGAGUAUCCACGUAGCAGCAGUCAGAGCAUGGGUUACGAUGGUAGUAGCACCGAAAAGAGUUACGAGUAUAUGAAGACUAGGACUCAGAGGUUUGAUGAAGUUAUUACGAGAUUUGCAGUCUUCAAAUUUGCAACCAUUGCGUGGAAAGUUACUUAUCGUACCACUCCACGUUUACUCGAAGAAGAGAAAAUAGUAGAUGAAUGUAAUUGCACGGUCUCCCUGAAUGGAAAUUUGUACUGGACAGCUUAUACUAGUAAAAUCUAUUUCAUCCGAAUGUUCGAUUUUUCGAAAGAGGUAGUACAGACCUUUUGUCGUCUACCGUUUAAGGGGACACAUAGUAGUUCACAUACUCGUGGCCUCGCGAUUUACAAGGGAGAUCGGCUUUCUGUGUUACAACAAUGCAUANAACUAAUUUCCUUUUAG